AUGAAUAAAUCCUCCAGGGAUAAAGAUAACCGCAACCAACAGAAGGAGGUAAAUGAUGAACUACUGAAGAGGAUAACCGACAACAAGGCCCAGCCCCCAGCUCGAAACUUUCGGGUGGAGGGCUCAAGUACAUCCGUGACCAUCACAUAUGAAUCCCAGCCCUUUGAGGUCCACGCUUGGCUCAAUGUAAAGGGAUUCUCUAGACCGGUGGUGGAAUGUCUUGGUAUUCUGAACGGUGCUCAACUAUUUUCCCUCAGUAAGGAUGAGCUGAAAGCUGUGUGUGGGGAUGAGGGUUCCCGUGUCUUCAGUCAGAUCAGUGUGCAGAAAGCUCAAAUAGAGAGGGGUCAUGGGGAUACAGAACUACAGGAGAUCAUGAGGCGACGACAACAGGAGGUGGAGGACUCAACCUGGGAAUGAUUAAAGUCAAUCAGGCCAUCACUCAUGGCAUUAUUUCCUCACAUUUUCUUGAACGCUCUUGUUCACUCUAAAAUCAACAGCCACCCAGAGUAAUGCAGAACAGAUGGACUAAACAACUCCAGUCAUUAGUGAAGCCCAGUCCCGCCUAUUUCCUU